CCGACCCGAACUUGCAUUUCCCGCCAAACAAACGAAAGAUCAGACGUUCAUCUUCAUCGCCUCCUCCUCUCUACUCUCUCUUUUUUGGUAGCCGAUGUAUUUCUCAGAGACGUAGAAAGAAAAAACCGGCAAUCACUCUUCUCAACUACUCCAAAUCGGCACAUUGUGAUGCACAAUUUGCUUAUCAUUUCAAAUACUAACUUGAUUCAAAUGCUUCUGCAGUUGUUGCUUUUUCUUCAAUGAAUUUUAUAAAGCAUUACGAAUUUACAAAGUCCUCUGCACCCUAUUUGAUUGCUUGAAAACGCAUCAACCUUAAAGAUUCCGGAAAUCGAGGCUCACAUUUUUAGUUUCUCCGAGAUUUCGAAUAUAAACUCGAAACUGUAAACUGAAACACUGAGAGGACCGCUCCGUUUGCAUGCAGAUUCCACUUCUAAUUCUGUACAAUGUCGAACAUAACUGUUUGCGCUCGAUUUCGGCCAUUAAGUUCAAAGGAAAGACGAGAUCAUGGAGAUGCAUUGUGCAUUCAAUAUGUGGACUCUGAGACAUUCAUUUUUAAGGAUGAGAAGGCUGAAGAACUUACAUUUAGCUUUGAUAGAGUUUUCUACGAUAAAUCUGAGCAAAUUGAUGUCUACCGGCAUCUUGCUCAGCCAAUUGUACAAGAUGCUCUUAAUGCUAUCAAUGGGACAAUUAUCACCUUUGGACAGACUGGAGCCGGAAAGACCUAUAGUAUGGAGGGGCCUGGUGUACUUGAAUGUGACGCAGUAAAGAAGGGUUUACUUUCUAGAGUGGUAGAAGGCAUUUUUGAGUGUACUAAAUCUUCUGAUGACACGAGCAAGUACUCAAUCAAGUUGUCUAUGGUUGAAAUCUACAUGGAGAAAGUGAGGGAUCUUUUUGACUUAUCAAGGGAGAACAUACAAAUCAAGGAGACUAAAGCACAAGGGAUAAUGUUACAUGGGAUGAUGGAGAUGGCCAUAAAGGACCCUCAAGAAGCAUUGCUGACCUUAUCUAAAGGAAUAGCCAACCGAGCAGUAGGAGAGACCCAAAUGAACAUCGCCAGUAGUAGGAGCCACUGUAUUUACAUGUUCACUAUUCAGCAAGAAUCAGCCAAGGACAAGAGGGCCAGAACUGGAAAAUUGAAUCUAGUGGACUUGGCAGGGUCUGAAAAAGUGGAAAAAACUGGUGCUGAGGGGAGAGUUCUUGAAGAAGCCAAGUCCAUUAACAGAUCGCUUUCAGCUCUCGGGAAUGUAAUAAAUGCUCUAACAUGUGGACCAACGGGGAGAGGAAACCACAUCCCAUAUCGUGAUUCUAAGUUGACACGGAUUCUACAAGAUGCACUUGGAGGGAACUCACGUACUGCUUUAUUGUGUUGCUGCUCACCCAGUCCGACAAACUCCUCUGAGAUUCUCUCAACCCUUCGAUUUGGUGCAAGGGCAAAGCAUAUAAAGGCUUCUCCUCUUGUCGCAAUUGAGGAUAAAUGUAUCAGAGAACUUGAAGUUUUCACUCCAAUCAAAAGGGAAUCACGUGACAAACUUCUAAAUGAGUUGCAGGAGAGCUUGGAUAUUGAGCAUGUUCAAAAACUUGAGGAGCUGUUCAUACAAGAAGGAAUUCUUUUUGAUCCUUGCUCCAUUGAAGAAUCGGAAUUGGCCUAUGAAGAUGUUACUUCACAAACUAUUUCUUCCUUGCAGCUAGCUUUGGAAGAACUCUUGAGGACCAUUGGAGAGCUUAAGAAAGAGAAUGAGAAGCUGAUGAGAAGAUUAUCAGCAGCUGAACUCAAUCAUCACCCCAUCUCUAACUCCAGCUUACUGCUUACUAUUUCUUCCAUUUUUUGUCUCUUUACGGAUUGCUUAAAAUCUCUUUUCCAUUUCCCAAUCAACCAUUAUAAUUAGUUUCAAAUUCAAAACCAACUAUUUUGUUUUUUUUUUACUCCAACAAAAUAAAUUAGUCUUGCAGAAUUAUAAAUUUCGAGUUUGAACAUUGUAGCAAUUCCAUUUCUUCUGGCUCUAUUCUUUACAUUACAUUGGAGACACUAAGAUAUCAAAGUGAUUCGAAUAUUUUUAGUGGACUUUCA